ACUGUUACAGUCGGGUAAAGGCUGUCCGCUGACGUGAGUCAGUGUGUCUCCUUCGUCAGGACGACAGGUCAAGACAUGGUGUCUUAUAUGACACGAGUUGUUAAUCUCAGUGGUCGAAGCUACUCCAACCAACGCACACAAUAUCAAGCGAUGUCCAAGCGAACAUUUCUUGCGGUGUUUCUAACUCUGAUCUCGUUCAUCGGGUACACUGCCUUCUAUCCCUCUCAAAGCAUUGACGAUCCUUCUUUGAUCCAACCAGAAAUCACAGUGGUUACAGCUUAUUUCAACAUUGGUUCCUUCGCCAAAGGAAGUAGUGCUAACACGUUUACGCCGGGCAAAUAUAUGCACUGGAUGAAAGUGUUUGGCAACAUAAGAAACAACCUUGUCGCAUAUACCGAUUCGAAGGAUGUGUACGAUCUCUUCAUGAACCUGAGACGCAAGUUUCCCAGCAAUACGACGAAAGUGUUCCUGAUAGACAGACACAACCUAUGGUCCUUCUCUUUGGCUGAGGAGAUCCGUAGUAUCUACAAGCAGCCUAACUAUCCAAGGCAUCGCCCGAACACCGUCAACGAGAACUACUCAUGUGCAAUGCAUGCUAAGUUUGAAUUGGUCAACAAAGUCUUAGCGGAGGAGCUGUUUCCAACAAAAUAUUUCUGCUGGCUCGAUAUUGGACUCUUCCGGGAUCUUGCUGAUGACAAGAAGACCUUCAAGCUCCAGAUUCCCAAAGAAUGGGAUCAACGGAAGGUAGCCUAUAGUGCAGUAUCCCGCUUUAACAAACAGACGACAAUCGUAAAUGUUAUCAAAAACAAUAUGGUGUGGGUUGGAGGCGCAAUGUUUUUAGGAACACCUGAAGUGCUUCAUAACUACACGGAAGACUACAUGAAUAUGGUCAAGAUGCUGUUAAAUCAACGCUUGAUGAAUACAGAUCAGCAGGUUAUAUAUUCCAUGUACCUGACAUCCUCGCAGGUUAAACCCAGAGUUCAGAUACAAACAUUCUCCCGCGAGCACAAUCCUUAUGGUUAUUGGUUCUACCUGGGUACCUGUGCAGGGAGACAUGGUUAAAAACCCAAACUCCUGUGAAUAAAACAGCCUAAUAAACGACAUCCUUUAGCCAUGAUUCUGUCACUUGGUUCCCUAAACACUUACUGAUUACAGAAAACUACAGUUUAAACUAUUUUGAUUUUUUAGAAAUUAUUAUCAAACCAUAUCAAAGGUAUUGGUUCAUGAGCAUCGAUCUGCCCAAUUGGAAACCGAUGACAUGUGUCAACCAAGUCAGCAAGCCUGACCACCCGAUCC